ACGAAAUACUGGAGAUGCAUAAAGCGCUGAAGUCAAGGGGAUAUAUCGCAUGAUUUCACAUUCUCGCUCUAAAAUUAGAGCGAGAGAGCCUAUUUCGCUUUGCGUGUUCGAAACCCUCUUUUUUCCUACUCCCAGUAAAACUCUCUCGCUCUCUCUCUUCCCCACAUCUCUCGAUCUGUCGACCAGAUGAAACUCUGAGAAACAGAGCUUCGUCGCAGCCCCCCCCCAAAAAAAAGAAAAAAGAAAAAAGAAAAAAACAUGGCUCAGAAGCUCCAACAACAGCAGCUGAAGGAGCUCGGGUCGAAGCUCCUAAAUCCUCCCACCACCAAAGACGCUCUCAUCAAGCUCUUGAAGCAAUCUGCAACUUGCCUUUCUGAGUUGGAUCAGUCACCUAGAAAGUCCGUAUUGGAGUCUAUGCAGCCCUUUUUGGAUGCAAUUGUCAAACCAGAGCUGCUAAAGCAUCAAGAUAGGGAAGUUAACCUUCUUGUUGCUACUUGUGUUUGUGAGAUAACGAGGAUUACUGCACCUGAAGCUCCUUAUAGGGAUGAUGUUUUGAAGGACAUCUUUCAUUUGAUUGUCAGCACCUUUAGUGGGUUGAGUGAUACCAGUGGUCCAUCUUUUGGAAGGAGAGUUAUCAUAUUAGAGACUGUUGCAAAAUAUAGAUCGUGUGUUGUGAUGUUGGAUCUUGAAUGUGACGAUCUAGUCAAUCAAAUGUUCACUACGUUUCUUUCAGUUGCCAGUGAUGAUCAUCCAGACACUGUUCGAACAUCAAUGCAAAAAAUCAUGGUCGUUCUCUUAGAAGAAAGUGAGGAUGUCCGUGAGGAUCUUUUACUUGUUUUACUCUCUGUUUUAGGCCGGAAUAAAACUGAUGUUACGUUGGCUGCACGGAGGCUUGCUAUGGAUGUUAUAGAGCACUGUGCUGGAAAACUUGAGCCGGGCAUAAAGCAGUUUCUUAUAUCGUCAUUGUCAGGGGAUAGCGGGUCUUUGGAUUGUCAAAUGGAUUACCAUGAAAUAAUCUAUGACAUCUAUCGUUGUGCCCCUCAGAUAUUAUCUGGAGUUGUCCCUUACCUAACAGGAGAGCUACUGACAGAUCAGUUAGACAUUCGUUUGAAAGCUGUAAGGUUGGUUGGCGACCUUUUUGCUCUGCCAGGAUCUGCUAUCUCUGAAACAUUUGAGCCCAUUUUUGUGGAAUUUUUGAAGAGGUUGACUGAUAGAGUAGUUGAGGUUCGAAUGUCUGUCCUUGAACGUGCCAAGAUUUGUUUUCUGUCAAAUCCUUCCCGUUCUGAAGCUUCUCAGAUCAUCUCUGCCCUCUGUGACCGGCUGUUGGACUAUGAUGAAAAUGUUCGCAAACAAGUGGUUGCUGUGGUUUGUGAUGUGGCAUGUCAUACCCUAACUUCCAUUCCAGUUGAAACUGUAAAGCUUGUUGCAGAGCGCCUCCGGGACAAAUCUCUACUUGUUAAGAAAUAUACCAUGGAGAGGCUGGCUGAGAUAUACAGGACUUUUUGCUUGAGUCACUCCGGUGACUCAACUAAAAAUGAUGAUUUUGAUUGGAUCCCGGGAAAGAUAUUGAGAUGCUUUUAUGAUAAAGAUUUCAGAUCAGAUUUAAUUGAACCCAUCCUCAGUGGGUCCCUGUUCCCAGAUGGAUUCUCAGUCAAGGAAAAGGUUGGGGAUUGGAUAAGAGUUUUCUCAGGAUUUGACAAAGUUGAGGUUAAGGCUCUUGAGAAGAUACUAGAGCAGAAGCAAAGGUUUCAACAAGAGAUGCAGAAGUAUCUUUCUCUUAGGCAGCUACAUCAGGAAAAUGAUGCUUCUGAGUCCCAAAAAAAGAUGCUGUUUUGCUUCCGGAUCAUGUCUCGCUGUUUUACUGAUCCCGCGAAGGCUGAGGAAAAUUUUCAAAUUCUUGACCAGCUAAAAGAUGCUAAUAUCUGGAAGAUCUUGGCACUCCUACUUGAUCCAAACACUAGCUCUUCUCAAACUUGUAGUUGCAGGGAUGAUUUGCUUAAGAUCAUUGGCCAGAAACAUCGACUUUUUGAUUUUCUUAACACUCUCUCUUUGAAAUGCUCAUAUUUACUUUUCAACAAGGAGCAUGUGAAGGAGAUCCUUCUGGAGGCUAAUUUACAGAAAUCUGCUGGACAUACCGAAUAUACCCUGGCUUGCAUGAACAUUCUUGUGAUUCUUGCACGUUUUAGCCCUUUGCUGCUUAGUGGAAUUGAAGAAGAUUUGGUACAUCUUCUUAAAGACGAAAACGAAAUAAUUAGAGAAGGUGUUCUGCAUGUUCUAGCAAAUGCUGGUGGAACCAUUCGAGAACAACUUGGAGUUUCAUCCAGUUCAUUAGACCUUAUACUGGAACGAAUAUGUUUAGAGGGUAGUCGAAGGGAGGCCAAGUAUGCUGUACAUGCCCUAGCAGCUAUAACAAAGGAUGAUGGCCUAAUGUCACUCUCUGUCUUGUAUAAGAGACUUGUGGACAUGCUGGAGGAAAAGACACAUUUGCCUGCUGUUCUUCAAUCUUUGGGUUGCAUAGCACAGACUGCAAUGUCAGUUUUCGAAACAAGAGAGAGCGAAAUUGAAGGAUUCAUAAAAAGAAAGGUUCUAGAGUGCACUAAUAAAGUGGAAGAUCAAGAAAGCCAAAGUUGGGAUGACAGAAGCGAACUUUGUUCUUUGAAGAUCUUUGGCAUUAAAACCUUGGUCAAGAGUUACUUGCCUGUUAAAGAUGCUCACCUCCGACUUGGGAUUGAUGACCUAUUGGACAUCCUUAAAAACAUACUUUCGUUUGGAGAAAUCUCAAAAGAUGUAGAAUCAAGUUAUGUUGAUAAGGCUCAUUUAAGGCUUGCAGCAGCAAAGGCAGUUCUUCGUUUAUCUAAGCAUUGGGAUCAUAAGAUACCUGUUGAUCUCUUUUACCUCACCUUGAGAACAUUGGAGAUAAGUUUCCCUCAAUGCAAGGAGCAGUUUUUGAACAAAGUUCAUCAAUAUGUAAAGGAACGGGUUUUGGAUCCGAAAUAUGCUUGCGCCUUCUUAUUAGACAUAAGCGGAUUGCAGCAACCAGAGUUUGAAGAGGGUAAGCUUAACUUGAGUGAUAUUAUUCAGACAUGCCAGCAAGGAAAGGCACGCCAGCUUUCUUUGCAAUGUGAUGCAAAUUCCCUGGUGGUUUAUCCGGAGUACAUUCUCCCAUAUCUGGUCCAUGCUUUCGCUCAUCAUUCUUCAUGUCCAAAUGUUGAUGAAUGCAGAGAUGUUAAGGCAUUUGAACCUGUAUACCGGCAAUUGCACUUAUUUCUCUCUAUGCUAAUGCAUGGUGGGGAAGAUGGCAAGUCAGAAGUCAGCAUUGAGAAGGAUAAAGAGAGUGUAUCUUUAAUACUCUCUAUCUUUCAGGGUAUUAAGUGUUCAGAAGAUGCUUUUGACCCAGCGAAGUCCAAGAACUCGCAUGGCAUCUGUGACCUUGGCCUGUCUAUCACCAAACGUUUAGUUCAGAAAGAUGCUAUUCACGAAUCAAUCGUACCCGUGGCCCUUCCUCCGGUGCUAUACAAACCAUGUGAGAAGAAAGAAGGGGGUGGUCCUCUGGUCCAUGAAGGGCAGACGUGGUUGGCUGAGGAGAGCGUCUUGACUCACUUUGAAUCACUCAAGUUUGAAGUCAAUGCAGUGGUAUCUUCUACGCUCAAAAUUCCUCCAGACGACGUUGAUGACGAGGUUCUGAAAGACAUUGAGGCAGAUGGUAAUGACGUACCUUUGGGGAAAAUGUUAAAACUCCUUAAAGCAAAGAAUACCAAGGCAAGAAAAGUGGUGAAGAAUGAAUCUGUGCCAGCUGGAACAAAAAAUGAAGACAAUGUAGAUAUCCUGAAAAUGGUGCGGGAAAUCAAUCUGGAUAAUCUGGGGAUCUCUAGUAAGGCUGAGGUAAGCAAUGGCCAUGAAGACGUUGGAAAGAAAAUCAAAACUGAUCAGAAGCACCGGAAAAAGAGAAAAAGAGUGGGAAGUGAAAAAACAAAUGUUUCAGUAUCCAAACAGCGGAGAUUAUCUGCUCAUGGUGCUUACAAAGUCUCUAUCUCAAGGAAUACUUCAAAGGGUUCUCUAUCCCAGGAAGAAGGGUCCUCUGAAAGCGACGAGGAACUUCGGACUGUUUCAGAAGGUAAAAUGUCUUCGCAAGAAAACAUGGUUGAACCAGCUGAAUCAGAUUUGUUGGUAACAUGCCUCCAGAAUAACUCAAAUUCCUUGUCAAAACGUAAAAGCAAGAUUUCCGAUAAGGAUCGUUCCAAUGAGGCAAAUAAAGUUGGAGGCCUCGACGACUAUGAUGUGAAGAAGUUUGUGGAGACUGAUAGUAUGAAAGCAGUUAGUAAUUCCAAAUCCUUGGCAGCAUCUGCAAAGAAGCGAAAAAGAAAAAGCAUUGCGGGUUUGGCAAAGUGCACAUCAAAGAAAGGAGGAAGCGAGAUGAUGGACCUGAUUAAUUGCCGAAUAAAAAUUUGGUGGCCAAUGGAUAAGCUGUUUUAUGAGGGAUUGGUGAAGUCAUAUGAUCCUGAGAAAAAGAAACAUGUGGUACUCUAUGAGGAUGGAGACGUGGAAGUGCUCCGGUUAGAUAAAGAGCGCUGGGAGCUUAUUGACAAUGGCCGCAAGCCGACAAAGCGAUCAAAACCAUCAAAAGGUUCACCUCAUAAAGGAUUACCAUCUGAGCAGAAAAAGGUUUUUCCGAGCAGUUCAAAACAAAGCAAGAAGUCAAUCAACGUAUCUUCGCCAUCUAAAGCAAGAGGGAAAAGAACUCCUAGGAAGAAUAUGAAGCAUGGACUAAAAGGUGCACGAAAGAAUAAUACUUCUUCCAGAUUGUUCAAUGCUGAUGACAGGAGCCCUGGGAUAUCUGACCCCGAACCUGCUGAAUUUUCCAAAGUUGAUGAUAUCAACUCCGGGGAUUCAGAAGGUGAACAGUUUAAAACAACAGAGAAGAGUGUAACAGGCAUGGAGGAAUCUGACAGGGAUCAGAAGUCGGAUUCUGAGGAGAAAUUAGAAAGGGAUACUGAGAAUGUCCCAAGUGAUAUGGAAGAAUCUGAAGAAGAGAAGCCUGAUUUGGUAGGUACCCACAUUGGUAAUGAGGAAGCCAAUCUUCAUUUAGAAGAGGAACAAUCAGAUGAGUCAAGGGAAGAAGAAGCAGAUAAAGCAGACCGGACAGAGCAGUCAGACUCUCAAGGGGCUGAAGCUGAUGACUCUGAUAGUAAUGUAGAAGCAGAGAUUUCGGAGGAUGAGCCUCUUAGCACAUGGAAGAGUCGUGUGGGCAAAGCAGUCAGACGAAAAUAGGCACCUUACAACUCAUGCAAGAAUUCAGAAAGCUGCAGCACAAUUGUUCAUUUGGUUGACUUGAAUGUGAAGUUGUAGUCCAGUUCAGCUGACAGUGUAGAAGAUGAGCAACAUUUGACUGGUAUUACACUAAAAAGGUACAGUUGAAUGAAGGUAGGGCAUAGUAUGUAGGUUAACAUAGAUAGACAAUAGCAAUGGUGGAGUUCUGUAUGUAAUCCUGUUUUCCGAUGGAUACUCUAUCGACGUCUAUUGCGAGUGCACCAAUGUUGCUGCCGUGGUUGAUUGGAUUUGUUGGAUCUCUUGUACAGCUAUUAUUAGCAUUACAGUGUAGGCCAAUCCUAGGAGGUUUAGGUUAGCAGCUGCUUCAUGUGUAAAUCGCUUAUCAAAAACUGGCUUUUGCUUUGCUGGGGGCUCCGCCCUUUGUUUCUAGGUUUUUGUAUGAUUGUUGAUUUUUCCCAAUAGUGGCUAUAAAGGAAAUGCUUGUACUGUGGAUCA